ACUUUCACUGUGGCUCAGUCAAGGCUUUUUGACAUCAUGAGGAAUAAGCACAGAUCGUGCUGUUGUUAUGUUGAUGUAGACCUAUUCCGUAACUUCAGUCAGAAUAUAUUUAUUUUCAUUUGUUAGAAAAAAGGCCAAGAAUAUCCCAAUUUCAAAUCUCAGUCCUCUACUUGGUCUCUUGUGUGCUUCACUCUGCCAGUUCCUUGCACUCCUUGCUGUGCUAGGCAGACAAGGCAGGGAUAAAAUUCCCCAUUUUGUACCCUUGCUUGUUGUCUAGCAGCAGCUGCCAGCUUUAAGUUGAUAGUGCAAGUAGUUGCUUGAUAUAUAAUAUUGGGCUUUUAUGUAUAAAGGAACUGUGCUGUCCUUCAGCCUGUGCUGUUCUUUUGGAUGCUACCAUGGGCCAUGUCACCUGCUUGUCCUUUCUACAACACCAGCCAUGACAGUGUCCCCAAACUGCUGCUAGCAUGAUCACUCUUCUAUCCACCCAGACAGAGAACCCUGUGUUGCAAAGCUAGUGCAGCAUUUGCCCCAGCUGCAACUCAUGUGCCUCUGGCUGCCUGAUAUUUGUAGCAGAUAGACAAAGGUCUUAGAUCCUGACACCCGCUAAUGCUCUUCAAGCUGCCUGGGAUUGUUGGUAGUAUCUUUGCACAUAGGCAGUUGCUCCUCACAGCUCCCUUCUGCAGUUGCCUGACCUGGUGUAGCAAGGUGUACUGCAUUGUGUCCAUCUUGCUCCAGGUUUCUAUAAACCCUUUUGGCAUGCACCACACGAAGGAAAGGUGUUAAGCAGAGCCCUGCGGCCCUGGCAGGUGGGAUUGGUUUCUGCCCCUUAAUACUAGUGGCAUUUUAACAAAAGGGAAAACGCCACGCUUUAUUUCCUUAGCCCACAGACUGCAACUUGUUACUGCUCUACGCUUCCCUAUGACAGGUGCUUAGGCUGAUGGCGUCUCGCAGGCUUUUUGCGGGCGGGGUGCACCGCUCUCGGCCGGGUUUGUUUAGCCUAGCAACGCCCGCUGGGCCGGGCAGGAGGCUGCGGGAGCCCCGGCCGGGAGAGCCGCCGGCCACCCCCACCCGGCCUUGCGGGGACGGGAAGGGGCUCCCGGCCCGCCGCCAUGAAGGUAGCAGCCCUGGACCUGGGCGCCCUCCUCGCCAAACUCCGCCGUGCCCCGCCGGCCCCCGGCCAGCGCCCCCCGUCCGGCGGGGGCUGCGUCCUGGGCAGGGCAGUACCGCCGGGGGAGCGAGCGGGCGGCCGCCCCCUGCGCCUGGCGGCUGCCGCGGCGGACAGGGAGCCCGGGGUGCGGGCGGGCGCCAAGGCCCUGCUCAUCACCCUGCCGGACAUCGGGGAGGAGGUGGCGGCGGAGACUGACGGCGAGGAGGCGGUCAGCAGCCCACCGCGCCACGCGAAGGGACUGUCCAGAGGUUCUACAAAUCAGUGUCUCUCAGGAAAAAGUGGAGAGUCUCUUCCAGUACUUUUUGAGAGAAAUGUGCAGGAAGCCAUCAACAAUUAUACUUGUGAAACACUUUCAUCUAGUGGUCAUACAACACCCACGGAGUUGAAUAAUUCUUGGUCUGGAAUAAACAGCUAUACUACUGGUUUGUCUACUGAAAGAAGUUCAGUUGACUCCUGGAGGGAUGAUGAAUUUGAUGAAGCCAACACACAGAGAGUGCGCCAGUUAUUUUGGGAGAUUGAUGAAAUGCUGUUUGAAGGAAAAGUGACCCCUCAAACUCAGAGCCUGCAGGCAGAAUGUGCAGACUGGGUUGAACAAUUUCCUCAUCUGAGGGUUCUAGGGAAGCAGCUCCUGUUGCCAAAGGAUGAAGGCUUUCAGCAUUUUCAGAGCAGAAGUGAUUCUGUGGAUAUGAAGUGCUUACCUGGCCUCCAUGAAUGUACUAGUAAUAUAAAAGAGCUCUGCAUUUCAGGCUCUAAGCUGAUCCCAACAGCAUCUCCAAUACAUAAAUCACUAGAUUCAGGUUCCCCUAGGAUUUCUGCCCCUGGCUUAUCCACGUAUUCAUUCCUGGAAGAAGAAGUCUAUGAUGUGGAUGGAAAAAUAGAAGAAUAUCUUGCCUUUGACAACAAGGAGCUUGAUGAUGAGAGUUGGGAACAAAAGAAAAAGCAUCUCGCUGAGAAGAGGAGUAAGCGUGGCAUUCCCCCUGUUUCUCCCAAUGCCUGUAUCAAAGAUGCUGUGGCCUCUGAAGUAUUUGAUCGUAUCUGGAGCAAUGUAAUUGGAAUAUUGGAGGAACUGAUUAAAAAAAAUUGGGAAACUAAUAUCACAGAGGGUGACAAACAGGUUGAGAAACUGAAAGCUGUUACAGCAAAGCUGCCACAUUUGCCAGUCAUUCGUAUUAAGGCAGAUGCUGGGAUUGUUCCUCUUUCCAGAGGUUCUGAAGCACGAAGUGUAUCUUUUGGGUCUCAUUCUGUUUCCUCGCAGGUUCACCGUUUCUCCAGCAACUUCUGUAGUGAUUUGAAUGGUGUGAUGACAAUUCAAGCAAAGCCACUCCAACAGAGGCAUAUUGCCACAGCGGAAAAAAUGCAGAAUGAGCAAGAAGAUAAACAGCAUAGCAUUGCCUCCAGUGCUCCAUAUUCACUGCACACUAGGUUGGGGAGAAUUGCUGAUAACAGUGUUCUCUCAUCAUCUCGGGUAGUGAUGGCAUCUUCUAGGAAGCUACCAAGCCAUUUUAGGUUACCUUCUCUCACUUCUGACCAACUGUCCUCAAAAGCUCCUGAUAUGUACAAUGGUGAAAUCCUUAGGGAGACUAAAUUGGGUGCCAGCUCGGAUCGUUUAUCUUCUGCUCGUGCAUCUAGAACCCAGAACAAGUUACCACCAAUAAACUCAAAGGCUGUUGAACAAUAUCUUUCAGCACCUCGACAGCAACAGAACUCUCAUCGAGGACGAUAUGUUCAUAGUAGAGUCUCAAGUGCAGUGGCUGGCAGUACACAGCAACGGCCCCUCAGAGAAAGAACUGUUAUUAUUGAUCAGUUUUCAAGGCCCAACACAACUCAUACAUUCAGGGUAUGUUACAGUACAGACACACCUCAGAGGACAUCACUGGCUCCCAUGGAUUUUGCUAACCACCGAGGAACAGGUCAAGCACUUUUAACAGGCUCACAGCAUUACUACAGAUCCUUCCAGAGAAAUGUUCCAACUUCAAGGAAAAGAUUUCAGAUUGCUUCUUAACCCAGCUUAGGAAGAAGCAGAAACCCCCUGCACUGAAUGGAAGACUGAAGCACUAAAUUUACGGUUGGACUCUGUGAUCUUAAUGGUCUUUUCCAACCUGAAUGAUUCUAUGAUUCUAAUUUGACAGCUAGGAUCUUGUGUAACAAAGAACACGUGCAGUGUGCUGGUUUCUGCCGACCCUUGCAAUCUUCAGGAUGCCUGCAUUGCUUUCUUUUAAAGUUGUCUGACCAGAGGCUAGAAUCAAAAUUAGAGAAAAAUCAAAUACAUGGUCGAGAUAUCUGCUCUGUUUGCAGAGUCCAGAUGCUGCUGCUGCUGCACUUUCUUCUUGGGCGUUCCUCCUUUGUUCUGCCUUUCCUUAGGGAACUGUUAUUCUACCUACAGAAGCAAAUGUUUAGACCAUGAAGUCCUGUUCCCACUUUUUUGUGUUUCUUCAGUGUUAAAGAUUUUUCUAGUCUAUCCAAACAUCAGUUGUAUAUAAAAUUUAUACAUUUAAACAGGAGUUUGUAGUAUCUCCUCUUUAACUGUUGUUCUAACAUUUUUUUUUUCAUUUUUCAGUCUGCUUAUUGCAGUUGCUCUCUCAUAAAUAUUGUCUGUCCCUACUUUUUCUUCUUCCUUUAAUUCUCUGAGAUAGAAUUCAUUCAUUGCCUCUACUUAAGUCUUCGUAAUCUUCAGUAACUGGGAACUGCUGGGAUAAACUUUGUUUACAGGAAGCAAUGUUUUUCCUGUCAGGCCAAACAUGUCUAUAGAUGCUGAGCAGUUGAACCCGUAUGCUGACAAGUUGAUAAGACUGUUCCCACUUCUUGAGAUUGCCUGUUAUUUUACAAAUUAAUCAUAGCUUGAAAUACCCGAGCCUUCAAAGUUUCAGCAUGAAAAUAUGUACUUGAUGGAUGAAAGCAUUAUUUUUUACCUCUUUGUGUAGAGCCAAAUAGGAAGAUCAAAGAGGAGACUGGGAUUGUGUUCUGCCCAGGGAUCACAGCCCCGAUCAGGUCCCUGGCUAUAAGCACUGUGUGCAUUCACAGGCAGGGAUUCCUUCUUCCAUCAGAGAGCCAGCAGUUUAGGUAUAUGUGGUUGAAGAGCUGUUGAAGGGGGAAGGGAGAAGGAGAAAAACUUAUUUGCCCAAAUUGUGCAGUUAAGAAUAGAAUUGGUUUCUUCUACUUGGGAACUAAUAACAGUUCUCACUUCUUUUUAUGAAUGUUCAAGGAUUGGUAAUCCAAGGCAAAGCAUUUGUAAUGUAUAUUUUAUAUAUGUACUGUUAAUCAGAUUUCUGUGGGUUUUUGUUUUGUUUUUGUUUUUGUUUUGUUUUGUAAAUGGUCAUCAAGAGCUGCAUUAUUUUGAGUAAAUUAAAGCAUUUUUAAAUUAC